GCUAGGUGCUCUCUCCCCCUUGUCGAACCAAUAUGGCUGUCGAGCUUGGACAUCUCGCUCGAGCAGCUGCAACAAUUCUCUGCCUGUUGAUUUGCCAUGUUGCACCGGUUGAUUCCCUUGCUAAAGCGAGGAUAUCAGGUGCGACUGGAACCUGCAUCACCAGGGAGCGGGAGGCGCUUACGUCCUUCAAGGCAGACCUUCUAGACCCUGCUGGCCGUCUCUCGUCAUGGCAGGGCGAAGACUGCUGUCAGUGGGAGGGAGUCCGGUGCAACAGCAAAACAGGCCAUGUCGUCAGGCUCAACCUCCGCAACACGCAUGGCGACAACAGCCUGAGCUUGUCGAGAGAUGAGAUGGGCUCCUCUUUGGCUGCUUUACAACAGUUGAGGUAUCUUGAUCUGAGUGGGAAUUACUUUAGUGGUGCAAGCAUGCCAUUGUCCGUGGGCACUCUGGAGAACCUAAGGUAUCUCAACCUCUCGUUGUCAGGUUUCGGUGGGAGAAUACCUUCCCAACUCGGUAAUCUCUCAAAAUUGCAAUAUCUUGAUGUUAGGCGGAAUGGUAACUAUGAUGUCCGUGGCAAUUAUUCCUAUAAUCUGUACGCGGUGGAUCUUACAUGGUUGGAGCAUCUCCCAUUGUUGAGUAAUCUUGACAUGAGCGUUGUGGACCUCAGCCUUGUGCAGGAUUUGGUACACAUGGUUAACAUGCUUUCUUCUCUGAAAGUGCUCCGCUUACGAAAUUGUGGCCUUACCAGCACCGCGUCUGCUACUUCAAAAUCAAACCUCACACAUCUCCAAGUCCUUGAUCUAUCAUACAACUCGUUUAACACAUCACUAGAGCACAACUGGUUUUGGGAUCUCACAAACCUUGAGGAGCUUUACCUAUCAUCUUGCUACUGGUAUGGAUCUAUUCCUGCAGAACUGGGAAACAUGACGUCCCUUCAAGUCAUAGAUUUUACUGGCAAUGAUCUUGUGGGUUUGAUACCAAGCAACUUAAAUAAUCUGUGCAGUUUGGAAGUGCUGCAAUUUGAUGGUAAUAACAUUAAUGCGAGCAUAGGGGAGUUCAUGGAUCGAUUGCCAUGGUGCUCAAGGAGUACAUUACAAAUGUUGUCAAUGAGGAAUGCGACUAUGACCGGGCACCUACCACUAGAAGUUGGAGCACUAGGUAACUUGACAGAGUUGGAUCUCAGCUACAAUAAACUAAAUGGUGUGCUCAUGAAGGAGCAUUUUUCAGGCUUACUAAAUUUAGAGUAUCUGGACUUGUCAUACAACUCCUUGAAAAUGGAUAUUGAACCAAAUUUUGUUCCUCCGUUUAAACUGAAGUACAUAGAUUUACAGUCAUGCCUAGUGGGGCCCCAUUUUCCAGAUUGGCUUGGAUGGCAGACCGACAUUGAUACUCUUGGUCUUGCAAAUACAAGUUUGGAUGAUGUUAUUCCUGAUUGGUUUUGGGUGACAUUUUCCCGGGCUUCAGUCUUGGAUGCCUCAGGAAACAUACUACGUGGUUCAUUACCGGCAGAUCUACAACACAUGUCAGCAGAUUUUAUACUUCUGGGAUCCAAUAAGCUCUCAGGUCAAGUUCCACGGCUACCUAUAAAUAUAUCAAUCUUGGUUCUGUCCUCAAACACUUUCUCAGGGUCAUUGCCAUCAGAGCUAAAAGCCCCACUGCUUCAGGCAUUGCUUCUGCAAAAUAAUCAAAUUGCAGGCACCAUUCCAUCAUCUAUGUGCCAAUUGACUGGUCUGAAGCGGAUGGACCUAUCAAGAAAUAAUUUAACAGGAGAUGUUAUGCAGUGUUGGAAGGAGUCAGGUAACAGUUCUUCAGUGUCCAGCUUAAACUCUGCAGAACAAUUUGGUUCUGUCAUGCUUAGUCUAUCCUUGAGCAACAAUAAUCUCUCAGGUGAAUUCCCUAAAUUUCUUCGGAGUGCCUCACAAUUGAAGUUCCUUGAUCUUUCAUACAAUAGCUUCUUUGGAACAUUGCCAAGGUGGUUAGAAGAGAAAAUGCCACAGUUGCAAAUCUUGAGGGUGAGAUCAAACAAGUUUAGUGGCCAUAUUCCUAAGAACCUUACUUGCCUUGAAAAUCUUCAUUAUUUGGACUUGGCCCAUAAUAAUAUAUCAGGAACCAUACCAUGGUCGUUAUCAAACUUGAAAGCAAUGAGGGUCAUAAGUCGUAAUACGGUGUCCGUUAAUUUGGAGGAGAGUAUAUCAAUAAUCACAAAAGGCCAAACACGUGACUACACCUUUGAAGUCUACAACCUAGUGGUGAAUCUUGAUCUGUCAUGUAACAAUUUAACAGGACAGAUUCCUGAUGAGAUAAGUUUGCUGAUUGGGCUCACCAGCCUAAACUUAUCAAGUAAUCAGCUGACCGGAAGGAUCCCUAAUCAAAUUGGUGAUCUAAAGCAGUUGGAGUCCGUGGACCUAUCCUACAACGAGUUCUCUGGUGAAAUCCCGCCAGGCUUGUCGGCUCUAACCUAUCUGAGCCACUUGAACCUAUCAUACAACAACUUAUCAGGCGCGAUACCAUCUGGCCCGCAGCUGGAGGCUCUUGACAACCAGAUCGGCAUCUACAUCGGCAACCCCGGUCUUUGUGGCUACCCUCUGUCCAAGAACUGCUCUACUAGUACUACUGAUGCAGAGCAAAGUGUCAACCUUGAAGAAGCAGAUGAUAUCGCGUAUCUCUACCUUGGGAUGGGCAUAGGAUUUUUGCUUGGCCUUUGGGUGGUGUUUUGCACCAUGUUACUGGGGAGAACCUGGGCGAUUGCUUACUUUCAGAUCAUUGACAAACUUUAUGAUGAUGCUUAUCUAUGGGUGGCUAUUACUUGGGCUCACCUGAUGAAGAACCACGACGACGACGCGGCGUGAGGGAGCCCGCGGCAUGUGCAGUUGAACUGCUCAAGAGCUGUAUGAUAUUGCUUUGUGAUUUUUAUGUUAUUGCUUUGUGAUUUGGAGAGCAAGUGGUCCUAUGGUGUGUGUAUUGGUACUACUACUAUGUACGUACUAGUUUCUGGUGCUAAUACCAGUUACCUGUAAAGGUACUUAAUGUACCGCAGCACAAUAUAUUAUAUGGGUUGAAUCAAAUGGAACUAUUCCAUAAAUUUUAUCAGACCGAAAGCUGUGGACAUGGCUACGUGGACAGCAGUGGGCCUCCUGAGUGCUUGCGGCCUAUGUUCAUGCUUGCGCUCACAAAGGAGACAAUGUUGUUUUUGUUUCUGCGGGGCUGUAUGAUAUAUCGUGGUUCCGGCGACGGGGUUCAUGACCACUACCUUGGGCCGGUACGACGGU